GUCAGGAAGUUCUAGUCAAGACUUAGCUCCGCAUAUUUAUUCAAGGCCUUCUUUGUUUGCCCCUACAGACUCUCCCAGCAUCGAUUAGGGAGACAUCAGGCUGAAGGAGAUACUGAAACUCUACAAGCCCAAGAUAUGGGGCAAGAGGAGAUGCAGGAAGCACUGCCAGUCUCCUACCCAGGCCUGGAGGGCAGUGCCCAGCUCAGCCUCGGAGUGCCUGGCGAUCCUCAAGACAGCCUGUCCAGGCCCCGGAUGAAGCCCACCCCACCCUCCGGCCAGGGACCCCUGCCAGCCAGGCCACCAGCGACUGUGUGGGACGCCAGAGCUGUUGCCCCCAACAGUCUUGCAGCCGGACAGCCCCGAACAGACUGGCCUAGGAGGCUCAAGACAGCCUUCAAGGGAUUCUGGGUCAGCCGCCCUUCCUUCUCCACCAUCUACUUCCUCUUUGGCAUCUUCGUGGUAUCCGUCAUCUUCCACUGCCACCAGCGCCUGGCUCUCGUGCCCUCCCCCUGGGCAUACUCGGCCCAUGUGGUCCUGGUCCCCACACACCUUGGCCGGGAGGGGCUGUUCACCAUCAACUCCAAAGGCCGCCUGGGGAACCAGAUGGGCCAGUACGCCACGCUGUACGCCUUGGCCAAGGCGAAUGGGCGGCCGGCCUUCAUCCCGCGCCAGAUGCACAGCGCCCUGGCCCCCAUCUUCAGAAUCAGCCUCCCGGUGCUGCACAGCGCCACGGCCAGCAGGAUCCCCUGGCAGACCUACCACCUGAACGACUGGAUGGAGGAAGAGUACCGCCACAUCCCCGGCAAGUACGUGCGCCUCAUGGGCUACCCCUGCUCCUGGACCUUCUACCACCACCUGCGCCCCGAGAUCCUCCAGGAGUUCACGCUGCACGACCACGUGCGCGAGGAGGCCCAGGCGUUCCUCCGGGCCCUGCAGGCCAAGUGGGCCAGGCAGGUGACUUUCGUGGGGGUCCACGUGCGCCGGGGGGACUAUGUCCGAGUCAUGCCGAAGGUGUGGAAGGGUGUGCUGGCCGACCGGCUACCUGCGGCAGGCCAUGGACUGGUUCCGGGCCCGCUACCACACCCCAGUCUUUGUGGUCACCAGCGAUGACAUGGCCUGGUGCCGGGAGAGCAUCAGUGGCUCCCUUGGGGAUGUGAUGUUCGCAGGCAAUGGCCUUCAAGGCUCCCCGGCCAAGGACUUUGCACUGC